AGCUGCUUCGCUACAGAUUAUUCAACUUUUUUUCUUUCAAACAACAGAGAGCUCGAUGGCGGCCGGCUGGGACCUGGCGUUCCCCCUGGUGAUGGCGUGCCUGGUUUUCAUCAGAGGCCACGCCCCCUUGCCCACGACGUCGGAGGAGCCUAAUCCCGACCGGCCCCCGGCCCCGACGUCUGUGGCCGAUCUCGACCGGCCCCCGGCCCCGACGUCUGAGGCCGAUCUCGACCGGCCCCCGGCCCCGACGUCCGAGGCCGAUCUCGACCGACCCCCGCCUAAAGUCCCCGGCUUCUCUCCGGACGACUACAAGGACGACGGAGAGGAACCCAACAGCCCGGCGACGGAGAGGCGGGGCCUCGUCCCCGACGCGGCGCCGUGCGCUUACGACCGCUGCCUGCAGGGGGAGACGCCGUGCGCCGAGCUGCUCGCCCGGACCGGCUGCCUGUGCCCGGGCUUCACGCUGAACGACGUGGUCCCGGAGGCCGCCGCGCUGAAGGCCGUGACCUCCGCCGGGUCGGAGGUCGUCGCCCGGUGGUGCGCGCCGUACUCGUACGUCACGGCGUUCGUCGUCACGGUGACGGGGAAAGAGAGGCGGAGGUUCGAGGCGGACCGGCGGAGCGGCGCGGUGGGCCACGUGGACGACAUGGCGGAGGUGUGCGUGGCGGCGGUGAACGACGCCGGCGCCGGCGAGGGGUCCUGCGUGACGUACCGGGCCCCCGGCGCCGGCGGGCGGCCCCUGACGGCCGGGCUCGUCGGGGGGGCUCUGGGCCUCCUGCUGCUCGCCGCGCUGGCCGCGCAGCUCUGCCGCCGGAGGAGGAAGAAGCGGGAGGCGGGCGUCUCCGGGACCGCCGGGGGGGAGUGAGCGAGCGCGAGAAGACGUGAUGACAUCAUCGCGGCGGAGGUCGUUCUGCGCGGGCCGUCACGCGGGAUCGCUCGGAGGAUUCGGUCGUUUGUUGCAUUGAAACAUUUUUUAUCGGGACUUCAAGGAACAUUCCAGCAUGAACACACGGAGAAGUCACGGUUCUUAAAAGGUUCUUAAAAGGUUCUUAACCCUUGUGUUGCCUUUGGGUCAUUUUGACCCGAUUCAAUGUUUCACCCUCCUGUUACCUUUAUAUUUACUAACAUAUUUUACCCUUUGGGUUCAAUUUGACGCCAGCAAUUAAAACCUCCAGAAAAUUAUUAGAAUUAAUAUUGUUUUCCAAGUUUAAGUGUGAGGCACUUUAUGUUUGUUUGUUGACUCCCGAAAGAACACCGACAUUAAACAUUGAAUGGGGUCAAAUUAACCCGAAGGCGGGGGGAGGGUGUAAUAUUGAUUCGGGUCAAAAUGACCCUAAGGCAACACAAGGGUUAAAAGGUUCUUUAAGAGGCCUUGUGGUUCUAUGAAGAACCAUCACCUACCGGAGAACCAUUUUUUUCCGUUUGAGACACCUUUAACGGUUCUUUGAAGAACUCUUUGAGAAAAUGGUUCUUUAAGAACCCUGGUUUGAAAGGUUCUUUGAGAAACCAUAAAUGGGGCCUUGAAGAACCAUGUUUUAAAUGUUCUUUGAGACACCUUUUCAGGUUCUUUGAAGAACUCUUUCGGGAAAUGGUUCUUUAAAGAACCCUGGUUUGAAAGGUUCUUUGAGGAACUAAAAAUAGUGCCUUAAAGAACCAUGUUUUAAGGUUCUUUGAGACACCUUUAUAGGUUCUUUGAAGAACUCUUUGGGGAAAUGGUUCUUUAAAGAACCCUGGUUUGAAAGGUUCUUUGAGAAACCAUAAAUGGGGCCUUGAAGAACCAUGUUUUAAAGGUUCUUUGAGACACCUUUUCAGGUUCUUUGAAGAACUCUUUAGGGAAAUGGUUCUUUAAAGAAGCCUGGUUUGAAAGGUUCUUUGAGGAACUAAAAAUAGUGCCUUAAAGAACCAUGUUUUAAGGUUCUCUGAGACACCUUUAUAGGUUCUUUGAAGAACUCUUGGAGGAAAUGGUUCUUUAAAGAACACUGGUUUGAAAGGUUCUUUAACAUAAAUGGUUCCUUAAAGAACCAUGUUUUGAAGGUUCUUUAAGGCACCGUUAUAGGUUAUUUGAAGGACUAUUUAAGGAAAUGGUUCUUUAAAGAACCAUGGUUUGAAAGAUUCUUUAAAGAACCAGAUAUGGUUCUUCUAUGGCAUCACUCUGAAGAACCGUAUUUGGUUCCAGGUGCUCCUCCGUGGUUCUGUGCGUGGUUCCUGUUCUCUGAACGUCAGAUCAUUGGUUAAUAAAUCGUAUUUAUUGAUUUCUAUCUCUGGGGCUCUGAGGUUCUGGUUCCUGAUCGGCGCUGAGACACCGACUGGUUUAUUGUUGUGUAUUUAGUUUAUUAAGUAGCAUUUUAAAUUAUACAAUUUAGAUACCAGAUUUUAUUUUUUAGAUUUCUUGAUAGUUUGGGGCACAAUAUUAAUAAUAAUCUAUACCGAGACAAUCGCUGACAAGAGGUUCAAAUUAUUUUUGACAUUAUUUGUGAUCAUUUCAUAAUAAUUGAGUGUGUUUGUUUAUUUAAUGACAGAGAAGAUUAAUGUCUGAAGUUAUGUGUGUGUGUGUGUAUUAUGUGUUUCGUGUGUUGCUAUGUUAAUAUAUUAUAUGAGUUUGAUUCCUUAAACACACAAAAAAACACUAAACUGAAGUGUAAAGAAACACGACUGUUCAAAACUACUGAAUAUGAAAGCGAGUUAAAGUUCUUUAACUUUAUUAAACAUCUCUCGUCGGUCCGGUUCUUCUCCGGUGUUUUGCUUUUCCAGCUGUCGAUCUUUUGUUUUCACCGGAGAAGUUUUCAACGUCUCGUUCCAGCUGUGACUUCCAGUCAUCCAGAGAAGCUUCCAGUCACCCCCCCCCCCCCCCUACACACACACACACACACACACACGCACACACACACACACACACACACUGUAUCUCAUGUUCAGGCCGCCAUCUGCAGCCAUGUGAUACUUCCUUUUGGCUCUGACUUGUUCCGCUGCAGCUGGCCUCCUCUUCCUCCUCAUCCUCCUCUCCAUCCUCUUCCUCAUCCUGCUCAUCUUCAUCCUCCUCAUCCUCAUCUUCAUCCUCCUUCUCUUCAUCCUCCCGCUCCUCCUCAUCCUGAUCCUCCUCCUCCUCCACCUCCUCCUCCUCAUCUUCAUCCUCCCCAUCCUCCUCCUCCUCCGGUACCAGAACACGACGUGUACUUGUUUUAUAUUGUUUCAGAAUAAAACGUGUUUUGCCUUUUUUUCAAUAAACUUUUUUAAUAUUUGAAA